CUAUCCCCAUCUAGUAGUAGCCCCAGCGUCAGUUCUCUCAAACUGGGAACGAGAAUUUGAAAGGUUUGCCCCUCAUUUGAAUGUUGUAAAAUACCACGGGAGUAUGAACGAACGUUCAGAGUUGCAAGAGGAUCUACGCAUUUAUUUACCAAGCAAUCGAGCAGCUCGCAAAAAGCACAAAGUGACACCACUAGACGUUAUACUAGUGCCCAUCACCUACUUUCAAAAAGAGAAAUCGGACGAUCGCUCAUUUCUUCGUCGCUUCAACUAUCACUACAUGGUGGUGGAUGAAGCACAUCUACUAAAGAAUGCCAAAGGACUGCGAUACAAGUCACUGGAUCGCUUCACAACGCUCCAUAGACUGUUAUUGACAGGUACACCCGUUCAGAAUUCCCCCAAGGAGCUGAUGUGUUUGUUAUGCUUUCUCAUGCCGUUGUUCUCGCGAAAGGGAGGAAGCGAUUUUGAUGAUGAACAAGGGAAUGAUGGUGGAGAAAGUAUGCUACAGCACUUCGUGUCGAUGGAAGGAGGGAACACUCUGCAUGACGAGACAGCGUACAAAAAGCUGAAGCAGCUAUUUGCCCCCUUUGUCUUGAGACGUAGAAAGCAAGAUGUCCUUAGUCAGAUCAUGCCUCCAAAAGAGCACGCUGUGGAGAUUGUGCAGCUUGACGAGUCGUCUCGUUGCCUCUACGAUAAAAUCAUUUCCGACCAUAUUCGUUCCAAGAAAAAAGGCGACGCCUCGUCGAGAGAGCAUUUGUUUACUCAACUUCGAAAAUGCGCUCAUCAUCCGCUACUUCUUCGAGCUCGGUAUACUUCUCCGACCGAGAAGGAACAUUUGGCGAAAUGGUUUUAUCAGUACGGUGCCUUUCGUGGAGAAGGGUGUACAAUGGUCAAAGUUCGCGAGGAAUUGGAUCGAUUCAACGACUUUGAAAUUCAUUUGACUGCUUUAGAAUUGCUGGAGGAGAAUCGACUUCGUCACGAGCAACUUGGUCGUUAUGUUUUGCAAGAGAAAGACUUGUUUUCUUCAGCAAAAUGCAAGCGGCUUCGGGCCAUUCUACCGGAUUUGGUUGGUAAAGGACACCGUAUCUUAAUUUUUUCCGUUUGGACAAGUUGCCUGGAUCUGCUAAGUUGUUUGAUGGAACAAAUGGGUCUAGGGUAUCUACGUAUGGAAGGCAGCACACCUGUCAACGAGCGACAGGCCCUGAUCGAUCGAUUUACGAGCGAGACCAGUAUUCCGGUUUUUCUGCUCUCCACGAAGGCGUGUGGGUUGGGUAUCAAUUUGACUUGCGCGGAUACCUGCAUUAUGCACGAUCUCGACUUCAAUCCUUUCAACGAUUUGCAAGCGGAAGAUCGUUGUCAUCGUAUUGGGCAAAAGAAACCUGUCAAAAUUAUCAAAAUGAUAACGGAGGAUACAGUUGACGAGGAUAUUUACAAAAUGCAGCAACGAAAGGCUCGAAUGAAUGCUGCCAUCAUGGAUACAGAUUCUAGGGAAUGGAACAACGUUGCCGCCAAUGAAAAGGGAAACAUGCUGAAACAUGCAGUGGAUCGCUUUUUGCGUUCACCCACCCAGUCAAGGUCUUCGAAAGAAAGAGGUGACAAGGAAAAUAGCGGCAAUAUUGACAUGACGGAUGUAUAAACUGUGCAGCAACACAGACUGGAUGCCAGAAAAAAGUGGCCAGUUCCACUUUUUCUUUUUCAAAUUGUACAUAGCUUUCCGACAGCUAUUCAGUCAUCUCAAUGGCAUGGCAGUCCAGUUAACUCGAGAAAUAUUUAGUCAGCUUUAUGAACCC